GAGAAGUUUGCUCACCUUAACCUCACAUUUUCAAUAGGAGGACAAAUAAGCUUUGAUGUUUUCCCACAAGGUUGGGACAAGACAUACUGCUUAAGAUACCUUGAUGAUUUUCAAGAAAUUCACUUCUUUGGUGACAAAACUUACAAGGGAGGAAAUGAUCAUGAAAUCUAUGAAUCAGAGAGGACAGUGGGACAUACAGUCACAAGUCCUGAAGAUACAAUGGAGCAGUGUAAAGCUCUCUUUCUAUCAAACAAGUGAUGAGCUCAGAGGAAACUUUCCAUCAUUCAAUUACAUACAAAAUUGUACUUCUAUAGUUUCACGCAUAAGAGAAUAAGUGUUCGGCAGAUAUUCAUGCUCGAGCCUGUUGUUCUGUAAACUGUUGUUGUUGAUGUCCAUUGAGAAAUUGUAUGAUUGCAUAACCUAAUACUGUGUCGUCUUUCAUUAAUUAAAAGAUUUUAAUUUCA